UUGACGCUUUCCAAGGGCCCUUGGCAUUGAGUGACAUAAAACCCGCGAGGCGUGUUGGCAGGGUGCCAGGCCAAACUGCUUUUGCGUUAGCCUAUAGCUAGCCUAUAACGAGUGCAUUACAAUGACAAAGCCAUGUCGUCGCGGGAAAUCCCAGAUCAGAGUUCUCAUUUCGGUGCGGAGCCCCCUCACGAACAGACCACAGAAACUGUGUAGUCGGUUAGUGACGCGCUCGGGCGCAUUUUCACACCAACUUUGUGUGGGUCAGUGUGACCGCCUCACAUGCAUUCCAUUUCACCUGUUGACGACAUCUCACUACCAUCUGUCAUUUUCACUGGGAGUGAUUUGAAAGGAUUGAAUCAAACCAGAGAGUAGAGAGGAAAAUAUAGACAUCAAAGGUAUUCAGACGGGAUAUGACAGCAAACAGAAACUCUGAAAGUUAUCUGGAUAUAGUUCGUAUGAUUGAAAGCGAAAGCGCGCGCCCGGUCAAAACCCAUCACUUCUUUAUUUAGUCAAUUGUUUUUAUGAGCGUCUAUUUUCUUUAAAUUCAGCGACAACAAUAUACGUUCCCCACAACAAAAACGCAUUUGAAGAGAGAACGGCAUAUUCUCAGAAAUGCACCUUCACAAUAUAGACACCCCGAGGAGCCGAUGGGAGCAGGGCUUGCGGCCGCCGUGGGUCACCCGAUUGGCUGGAGGGCAAAGCCCCGCCUCUUCAGGGGUGGAGUCAGACACCGAGAGCAGCAGCACAGAGAGUGAGAGGUCUCCAGCCAAACGUUUGGAGGCGCGGUCACCGAGGAUCCUACUAUUGCCCUCCAUGCUGCAACAGCGAAUCACAGAGAUCGACCAGCAGAGGGAGGAGCUAAAGAUAGAGCUGCAGUUGGAGAUAGCCCUGUUGGAAGGGGAGCUGCAUGAGGAGAGGAAUGAGCUGCGCAGACACACUCUGGAUCUACAGACACUGCAGGAGGAAGGCAGGCACAAGGAGACACACAGACAGAAGGAGCGAGCCAGUCUGGAGGUGGAGAGGGCCCGGGUUGAGGAGCUGAGGAGUAGGUUGGAGGAGAAGGAGACACUGAUCCCCAGUCAGCCAGAGGGCCAGAGAGAGCACCUACUGGCCCAACUACAACAGGAGAAAGAGAUGGUGGAUGCAGCCUGCCGGGUGUUUGAGGAAUGGGAAUUCCGUGUCCUGGAGUGCGAGGCCGGACUAGAGGAGGAGGAGAGCGAAGGAAAGAUAGAAGGGAAGGAGAGAGGGAAUGACGAAGAGAAGGAGAAGGAGAUCUCAUGCCAAAAGCAUGCUGUCAACUCAGCGCAGGAGCGAGUCCAGCAGCUUGAGAAGCAGUUGAAGGAGAUGGAGAGAGAGAAGGAGAGAGGGAUGAAUGCCUUGAGGAAGGAGAGGAAAGAGUUGCUCCACCCCACUCAAAGGGUCUUGAAAGAGAAGAAGCCACUCGCUGAUUGGUCCAACAUCCCCAGCUCGGUCCCUUGCACGAUGUCACUCUCGCCGCUGACCAUUCACAAAUCACCUCAGGAACAAGCCAAAGAAUCCGCCAGUUUACCCCGGAGACGGAGCUCGCACCGCAACAAUAAGUUCGCCGAUAGGCCGGUCUCGGCGCAAGGGCUGGUGAGAAUGAUUCCUGACAGUCCGAGCCCAGAGCGCUUCACUUCCCCCCUCCCCUCCCACCGGCACAGCAAUGGGCACAGCAACGGGCACAGACCUGGGCCCAGCAAUGGCAGUGGUCUCCUCACCCCCUGUAACAGUGCUAGUAGCUCCCGUGCUGCCAGCCCGAGUCUGGGACUGUUAAACCUGGUUGAGAUUGAGAGGAGACUGAAGGAGGCCAAGGCAGAGAGAGAGAGGCUUCUCAAAGAGAGGGAGGAAAGGAGGCAGGUGAUAGUGGAGGAGAAGAGGCAGAGAGAGCUGGAUGGCCGAGGAGCAGCAGAACCAGUAGAGUCCCAGACCAGGCCGGUCCCAGACCCAGAGGAGCAGCCAAAAACCACCAGUCCAGUCCCCAACUCCCUUGAGUGCUCCCUACCUCUUUUCCUCUCUGCGAACUUUGACCUGCGUGCCCACGUGGAGUCGCUGGGUCACGGGGUGGCGGGGUGCAUGGGCCUGCGUAUGUCCCCUCGCCGCUGUGCCGGCUUCUUGACCAAGCGAGGGGGGCGGGUCAAGACCUGGAGGAGGAGGUGGUUCCUCUUCGAUAUGGACCACAGGCGGCUAGCCUACUACACAGACUGUGAUGAGAGGAAGCUGAAGGGGGUGAUCUACUUCCAGGCUAUAGAGGAAGUCUACUAUGACCACCUGCGCACAGCCACUUCAUCUCCGCGGCCCAGCCUUACGUUCUGUGUGAAGACGUACGAGCGCCUCUUCUUCCUGGUGGCGCCCAGCGCCGAGGCCAUGAGGAUCUGGAUGGACGUCAUUGUCACAGCAACAGAUGAGCACAGCCGCUACUGACUUUGACUUUACACCUGUCCCCUUACCUGUGUCUGUCUGACCUACCCCUUGGGCUGAACCUCCAUUCACCUGGCUGACUUGGGUAACCUGGCUACAGUUUCAGCAGUUUACAUUGUGUGGGGAAAACUGCAAUCUUCAACCUCCACCCUACAAUGCGUGUAGGACCCAGCUAGGCAGCCAUUUUGAUGCCUGAACUUUACCUCAUAUGAGUGGUUAUGUGGAGGUGAGGAGUAAUGAGCAGAACAUAAUGUUCAAGAAAGCGCUUCCUGAAGGAACUGACAUUUGAUUCUGGAUAGUUUCUUAGGAGCUUUGAUGGCAUGGGACUGAGUGGCAGACUGUUACAGGCUCUGUGUGGAACAAGAGAUGUUGAGAGGAUGGAGGAGGAACAAGACCAUGGGAAUAUAAAGACGUGGAUGUGCAAGCUGGAGCAACCAUUGGACAUCUUAGAGUCAGUGCCAACCGUGAUAUACUGACAGACAAACCUAUGAUGUUUUUUAUUAGUCUCAAAUCAGGAUUUAAUGGUUGGUGUCUCUCUAUCAGCUGUGUUUGAGCUCCCUCUUGUGGCCAGAUUGAAGUAUUGAAGUACUACAGCUUCCAUUGAAAUAUACAGGUAGCCGCCAAAAUAAAGGAAACACCAGCAUAGUGUGUCUUAAUUGGCCCGAGAAAGAACAGCUUCAAUGCACCUUCAUGUGGAUUCUACAAGGGUCUCGAAUUCUAUUGGGUGGAUGCGACACCAUUCUUCCAUAAGAAAUUCCAUACUUUUGUGUCUUGUUGAUGGUGGUGGAAAAUGCUGUCUCAGGCACCGCUCCAGAAUCUCUUAUAAGUGUUCAAUUGGCUUGAGAUCUGGUGACUGAGUUGGCCAUGGCUUUACAUAGUGUUAAUGCUCAUCAAAUCAUUCAGUGACCACUCGUGCCCUGUGGAUGGGGCCAUUGUCACCCUAUGGUGGCAUAGCCAUGUGGGACAAAAUAAUAGCCAAAGUAAAUGGCCUGCCCAGCAUUUUUAUACAUGACCCUAAGCAUGAUGGGAUAUCAAUUGUUUCAAUAACUCAGGAACAACACCUGUGUGGAAGCAUCUGCAUUCAAUAUACUUUGUAUUCCUCAUUAACUCAAGUCUUUCCAUUAUUUUGGCAAUAACCUGUACAUUAAUAUAUAUGUUGAAUAUAUGUAUAUUUUUCAUCUGUCAAAAGGGCUGUUCAGAGUCAAUAAAAACACUGACCGAG